AGAUUAGAUUCUGAAAGAAAAAACAAAAAAGAAGAAAAAAAACAAACUUGUUGCGAUAAGACGAAGAUUCGUUUUGUGCAGAGAGAGAGAUGGUGUUCCGAGGAGACACGGUGAUGACCGUAGCCCAUUUCUCGGCGGAUAUAUUUCAACGGUGGAUUCCUGCGUCGGAACGAAUCAGAAGCGGAGAGAUGUUGCAGCUCGUCUGCUGUUUCCCGCUUCAAGAACUGGGAAGAUUCGUGUCAUGGUUCUGGAACUUUAUAUGUGUUCCACCCCCUGAGAUUUUAUAUUAUGAGAGAUCAUCAUCAUCAUCGUCUUCUUCUUCCUUUGUUAAUAACCAGAAUUACUAUCAUCUUCAUUUGGAGUGAUUUGUAGUGUUUUUUCUUACCUUAUUGUAUAGAAAGAACUUCUUGACUGGAGUUUUCUCAGUUCUUGUUUAUUAGAAUCAAAGUAGUAAGGAGGAGAUCUUUGAGUAUUUUGUGAUAAAUGUAGUUUAAGCUUGUUUUCAUCUCUUACUUGUGUAUAAAUCUUUGUUCUUUUUGAUCUAGAGAUGUUUCGAAGUGUUUAAUUAGGAGAGUCAUUAUGCAAUUAUGAGGUUAGCAUUAGCUACAACUUUCGGUAGAUCAGUCUUUUGUUAACUAGUGAAGGGAUAUGUAAUGUUGUUACAUGGUAUAAUCCUUGGAUGUGAUCUAUGGUAACGCUUACUUUUAGGCUAGAAGCUAUUGUGGAUGAUCAAGUUCUCAAGUAAUGUUCUUCUUUGUGUAAAGAUCAGUUUGUUGAAGCAGAGUGAUCUCAAGAUUAAAGCAAGGGAAGUUUAAUGGAACCCAGUUCAGGAGUUUGGGCCUCCUCCUCCAGUAUACCAUUGUUCUAGAUGCGGAGUGUAUCUUCUCUCACGAUUUGUUUUAUGCUUCGGUUCUAAAGAAGAAGAAGGUUACACAUCAUCCCCUGUUGGUUGAAUCCGUUUGGUUAUAUCAUGUGGCUCUUUGACUCUGUGCUUAUAGCAGCAUAAUAGGAUUAGUCUCGUUUUUGGGCCAGUAGCCAAGUCUGGGGAUAGGGUCAAUAUCUUUUCUAUGCAGAAAGUUCAUGAGUUUGUAUUGACUUAUAAACCUGAAGUUUUUAAAAGGA